AUGAUUUUUUUGCUAUAUUGCGCUACAAUUUUUAUAAUUUCUGUGCUACUGUGUCCUUCAAUGUUGGGAAAACCAAUAGAGGAACUGACAACCGCCGACCUCUUGGCAUGCGCCAUCAAAAUAACAAAAAUUUCGGAUGAAAACAUGAUAUUUACGAUUUUUCAGAUCCACUCAUCAGGUUAUGUGUCAUUCAGUCCAAAUGAAUUGCAACCAUCAGCUCUACCAGUUAGUGAACCGGUUUUGGCCACUUAUUGGAUGCCAACUGAAGGAGCUACCGUAUACUACAGGGAAACCGACGAUCUCAGCAUAGUAAAUUUGGCACACAACGAGGUGAACAUUCAGUACCGUUAUGGCUCAAAAUUCCGGGUGAAAAGCGUCCUAAUCAUCACUUGGGAAGGAGGACGUCCAGAGAAUUCGGAUUCUGAAGGAAAUCUCUUCCAACUGGCGUUGAUCAUCGGUGACUCGAUGACCUUUGCGCAUUUCGUCUACAGCAAGCUCAAUUCCAACGAUAACGCUGUGGCCGGAUUUUCUUCAAUGAACUCCUCGUAUUCACUACCGGACUCAGCCACUCAUGACGCAAUGCUUUUAUCAGAAAAAAGCGAUAUCGGAAUACCCGGAGAGUGGCUAUUUAGAAUUGAUGGAGUCCAGGUCCACCUCUGCGGAGCUGGUUUCAAAGGGCUUGAAUGUAUCGAUAGUUGUGCUGCGUCGCAAUGGUUCAAUGACUGCUCUAGAAGUUGCCACUGCGAUGGAGGUGAUCCAUGUGAUCAAGAAACGGGCCGAUGUCCAAAUGGUCGAUGUUCCCCGGGAUGGAAAGGCGCUCCCAUCUGCGACGAAGAUGAAGAUGAAUGCGAAAAAGGCGACAUUUGCCCUUCAGCUCAGCCUGACUGUAUGAACACUCCUGGAUCUUACUUAUGUAUCUGUUUCGAGUAUGAUGAACAGAAUAAACGAUGUUCCAAACCACCAGGAUCGUCUGAAGAGAAAAUUCCGGUUGAGGUGGUGCCACUACAGCCGUCGUUCGCUCGAGCUACACCAUCCACUAAAGCCUCCGUGGUACGGAAUCGAUUCCAGUCCACCACUCCAUACACCGUACCAUCGACUACAACCACACAGUUGAUUACGGUAAGUGAAUUCUUUUAUAACAAUCGAUCGCUUGCGAAAUAUCCACUAGAAACCACUUGCACGGCUUAUCCGAAGAAGGGUAGUAAUCCCAAAAAUGUCAUACAACGUUUGCGACUGACUAAAAAUCAUUAUGUAUACCAAAAAUUAGACGAAUCAGAUUACAAUUCAAGAUGUGUCGACGUCAAUGAAUGUGCAGAAGGCGCUGUCUGUGGGUCCCACUCAGAAUGCGUUAAUCGGCCGGGAAGCUACGACUGUGUUUGCGAAAAAGGAUACCGUUUCGAGAAUGACGAAUGUGUUGAUAUCAACGAAUGCCGCGAGACAUCUCCUUGCGGAGAUAACCUCGGCGUGGAGUGCGUGAAUCGUCCCGGCUCUUACGAGUGUCGUUGUAUGGAUGGUUUUGAUGGAGAUCCGCGAAGAGGAUGUUCUGGUCAGUCUUCACAAUUUCUGCAUAUUCUAGCUCUUUGCCAUGAUAGCGAUCUAAAUGGGAUGGCAGAUCAAUUCAGCAAUUUACCGACCCCAACUGCUACCUUCUUACGCGGAUCCGGAACUUUUCUUUCAGAGACAAUCCUCUACCCAAUCGCAAACGAUUCCAUCGUGAUACCUCGAAAAGCAGACGCCCUGGCCACCAUCAAUCUACCAUCGCCUGUCUUUGUAUUUGGAAAACCGUACAGCAAAGUCUAUCUGUCAUCGAACGGCGUGCUGUCAUUCGAUCGACCGUUACCAGGACUCAUCGAACGAGCUGAAUCACUACAUGAGGCAGCCGUAUUCGCUCUUCACGUACAGUACGACUACGCUAGAGAAGGCCUUGUUGCGUACACUUACAUUAAUGAGUCGGACAUGUCCGCUUACUCCUUACUGAGUCGAUCAUCUAUUGGAGUUCAGAAUAACUUCCGUCUAACGAAUUUCCGAACGAAGACACUUCAUCUCUUCACGUUUGACCGGAUGCGUCAAGCCGGCAGUGAAAAUUUCGAGUCUCACCUCAAACCAACGCAAUCCGAUGAAGCAACGAUGCUCACAUUGAUCUAUGAAAAGACUCAAUCAAAGGGGCCAAUGACAGGUAUCGCUUCACCAAAAUCACCGUUCUUCCUCCUUCCAAACGACCUGCUGUCAACCAAUUCGAAUGUUGGACAACCUGGAAAAUGGAUGUACCGGAUCGACGACGGUAUUACGACAUGUCCAGCAGGUGCAGAACAUCCUCCCAUGUGUGACAAAGAUUGUCCUCCCGGACGGUACGGCUUCUCUUGCCAAAGUUCAUGCCACUGUGCCUUAGGUUUCCCUUGUGACCCUGCAACAGGAGUUUGCGCUAAUGGAUGCGCUCCAGGAUGGACAGGAUUGAACUGCGAUCAAGAUGUGGAUGAGUGUGCGACAGGUAUGAUUCAAUGUGCCCCGAAUGCAGAAUGUGUCAAUAGUGUUGGUGGAUACCAAUGUACUUGCCGAAAGGGAUACUCCGGUGACGGAAAGCAAUGUACCCUAGUAGAACGGUGCUACGCACGAUACGGACGAUCUUGUUCAACCAGUGGGUCCUGCGAAGAAUUCCCAGACGGUCCACGAUGUGUCUGUGCACGAGGUUAUCGAGGCGAUGGAUUCUUAUGUACUGCACAGACGCCAAUUCAUUCCUCUGUGGAGGACAUAACGUCCCUUAUGAAGAACGAACGACAACGUUCAGAUAACACUGAUAUUGAUGUGGGCGAUCAUCCAUUUGUGAUGAAAGAUUGGCAAACCAGCGCAAGAACAAGCCCUCGACCAAUGACAACCACCCGAGGACGCCCUGGAUUGCAGCCUUGUGAGGAAGGAUUUAUCUUGAUUGUGGCACUUGAACAAUCGGUUAUUUCAGUGCUCUUCCUAAUCGGUCCUGCUGUACUCUGUGCCAUCUGGGUGAUCCUCGUCAUCGUUGUCAUAGCGGUUUGCUGCAGAAAUAAGCACAGGUACGACUGCUGA